UAGUAUUUACUACCCAUGCUUCAAGAAGCUGUCGGAUUCGAUGUAAACAGAUCGGCUUCACUUUGUGUUGUUAAUUUCAGUAAGAGAUACUGAGCCGUAAUGGAGGAAGACGGUGGGAAAGUUCCAGACACAGUUAAACUUUCUAAAGCAAAACAUUAUAAAUCCGAGGGAAAUGACGCCUAUAAAAAUAAAAAUUACAGACUGGCCAUUGGGAAAUACCACAGAGCUUUGUUGCAUCUGAAGGGAAUAGGUCAGGGUAAAGAAUCAUUAGCAGCUAUGUUCACCGGCCAGGAUGAAGAUGAAACACACCCAAUACCACCAGAAAUGAUUUUUGAAGUUGGAAACCUCCAAUCAGAUUGUUAUAAUAACUUAGCAGCCUGUCUCCUGCAGCAGGGUGAUCCCAACUAUGGGAAAGUGAUAGAGUACUGUGACAGUGUACUUUCAAUCCAGGCAGGGAAUGUCAAGGCUGUGUACAGAAAAGGACAGGCCUUGUACCACUUAAAAAGAUAUGAGAAAGCAUUAGAUGUCUUAAGCCAAGCCAAUGAAGAACCAUCAGUAAAGAAGUACACAACACUAUGUAAAAGAGAACUUCAAAAACAAGAAAAGGAACUGAAAGCUGCUUACAGAGGAAUGUUUAGUAAAUAUUCAAAUGACUCAAAAGCGACGGCAAGCAAAGACAAUGAAGCUGAUGCUGAUAACAGUUAACAGUUAACAGUCUACCUUGGGAAUUACUGCAUUGGAGUGCCAUGCUUCAUGUGUUGAGGAUCAUCCCAGUGCUCUUUUUGACAGUUUGAAGUAAUAUACUACUCAAAAAAGUUUAAAAACACUUGAUUCUUUCAAAUUACUAUAGUUAAUCUGUCAUGACAAAAAUCUGAAAGGAUAGUGAUUAACUAUAGUAAUAAUGUAAUAUGAAAGAAUCAGUGUUCUUUAACUUCUUUUGAAUUGUAUAUCUAUGAUGAUAACAGUCAAUAUGUGUUGCAAAUGCUCCACAUUCAAUCAAUCAUUUUUGUUGGGAUGCUGCUCUGAUUCUUCGAUGCAUCAAGAUACAUCAAGUUUCAAUAUCGCUAUUGCAGCAUAGCUUGAUGUAUUGAAGAAUAGGUUGGUCUAUUGAUAUGAAACAAAAUGUUUCAAAGGCAUUCAUUCGUAUGAUACUCAUUUUGUCUGCACAGUAAAUUUCAGUUCAUCGCAGCAUUUUCAGUGUUUGUCAUUAUCAUGUUCAUGUUUGUAAACUUUCAAAUCAAAAACGUGGACCCUGACCUCAAAAUAAUUUUCUUUACAUUUUUCUCUCUGAAAUUCAUAUGCUUAUCAGCAUAUUUCAAUCAGCAGUCGCAAGCAACCACUACCAACCGUCCGGGGAUCGCCUCUUUGGUCUAGUGGUAGAGCAUCUGCCUGGAGAGCGGAAGGUUUAGGGUCUGAUCCCCGGCCGCGUCAUAUCAAAAAACGUUAAAAGAUGCUACUUGUUAAUACCCUCUGUCUGGCCUAAAACUUACUGGUCGGCUCAGUCAGUGGAUGUUAAACUGUGACAUGGUAUCUCGGUGGGUGAGCGCUAUAAAUAGGUAUCAGUCGGGACAAGUACAAGCACACACGCAUGCACGUCGCUACAUAAGUGCAAUAAUCUUGACCGCGACGUUGAACCCCAUUUCACCUCACCUCUUCACAUAUCAUGAAGUUACAGGUCACUUGAAGCAGAAGCAUACAAAAAUGAUUUCUUGUUAUGUGUUUUUGUUUGUUUUAUAUCUGAAAAAUAUUGUUAAUUCUGACUAUUGGCACUGUUUCAAAAGCCCUAUGAUUUAAUAAGUGCAAAUGUUUCCCACUGACAUCACCCUUUGAUUGGGUGGUUAUUUGCAAACCGGAAUAACUUCCACACAGCAAAUGGUGACACAUUUACACUUCAGGAUAGAUGGGGGAACAUAUUGUACAGGAAGGAUUAACAUGUUGGAGUUGUGAGAAAUCUACAUGGACCAUGUUGACUCAAUGAUGCCUUUGGCUGUUGAGGCUGUAGUGUCUUCAGAAUGAUCAAUGAAACAGCCAGAAUAUGCCUUUGACUGUGAUGAACACUUUUUGUACAGCAUUAAAGAAAAUACGACUCAGUUCCUUCAUGUCUGAUUUGAUCACAUUUCACUUAAAUCUGAGUUGAUUUUUCCUUGUUAUAUUUUCUUGUAAACUUUCCACAUGAAUCUGAAGUUCAAAUCAAAUUAAUAUGUAGUAUGAAACACCACUUGCGAAAUAUGAAUACACAUGUGUUUUGUGAGGGAUGAAGCUUGUCAAAAAAUUACUGUAGUUACAAACAAUAAUCAUCCAUCAAGGACUUUUGGAAUGUUAAUUAUCCCAAUUCUGUAUCAAGUGACAAUUUGGCUUAGUAUUACUUUUAUAUCACAUUGAGAAUAUUUUCACAAACUAUUGAAAAACAACUUCAAGCAUAAUUACAUGUUGAUUCCUGGAAGGAGAUGAAGAGAAGAGAAGAAGCACUAUUACAUUAUACAUGUGUUUGUCGAAUUCUUAUGGGGUGGUGGGGUUGCCUAGUGGUUAAAGCGUAGCUUGUCACGCCAAAAACCUUUGGUCAAUUCUCCAUGUAAGUGCAAAAUGUGAGUCCCAUUUCUGGUGUCCCCUGUCGUGAUAUUGUUGGAAUAUUGGGGAAAAAACAUGGUUUAAAACCCUACUCACUCACUUACUCACUCUAAGACUUACCACAUUACUUGAAAGUACUUAGAAAGCUAACAAUGCCACAAAAAGAUCUGGUAUGUCCUAAUUGCCUCUAGUGAAAUAUCUCCUUGUAAUGGUCUGGAUAAACACUUGGCUUUUCUGUUUGGGAGGUUGUUGACCAAUGUAUUCAAUUCAAACAUUCCUUUUGUUAAGAAAAAUGUUGUUUUUUGUAAUCAGUUUGAAUGAAUGAUCAUCUGAUCCAGUGGGGACCUGUAUGUCGGUGACUUAUCAUAUGUUGUCUUUCACCAUGAUUUUGUGCAGGUUUCAUGUUGUUAAGCCAGCGUAAUAAACAUCAUAAUCUCA